GCCCCGCCGCCCCCCGGCCCCGCGCAGCCUCCGCCCCGCCCGCGGCCGCCGCCCGGCCCCGGCCCCGGCCCCGGCCCGGGGGCUGCAGCGGGGCCGGCGCGGCUGAUUCCCCGCCGCCGCCAUGGCCGGGAAGCCCCGCAGCGGCUGCGAGGCGCUGCGGGUGGUGGCCCGGUGCCGGCCCAUGAGCAGGAAGGAGGAGGCCGCGGGCUACGAGCGCGUCCUGGAGCUGGACGUGAAGCUGGGCCAGGUGAGCAUCCGCAACCCCCGCGCCGCGCCCGGGGAGCUGCCCAAGACCUUCACCUUCGACGCCGUGUACGACGCCAGCUCCAAGCAGGCGGAUCUGUACGACGAGACGGUGCGGCCGCUGAUCGACUCGGUGCUGCAGGGCUUCAACGGCACCAUCUUCGCCUACGGCCAGACCGGCACCGGGAAGACCUACACCAUGCAGGGGGCCUGGGCGGAGCCGGAGAAGCGGGGCAUCAUCCCCAGCUCCUUCGAGCACAUCUUCACCCACAUCUCCCGCUCGCAGAACCAGCAGUACCUGGUGAGGGCCUCGUACCUGGAGAUCUACCAGGAGGAGAUCAGGGACCUCCUCGCCAAGGACCAGAGCAAGAAGCUGGAGCUGAAGGAGAACCCCGAGACGGGGGUGUACAUCAAGGACCUCUCCUCCUUCGUGACCAAGAACGUCAAGGAGAUCGAGCACGUGAUGAACCUGGGGAGCCAGACGCGCUCCGUGGGCAGCACCAACAUGAACGAGCACAGCUCCCGCUCCCACGCCAUCUUCCUCAUCACCAUCGAGUGCAGCGAGACGGGGCCGGACGGCGAGGAGCACAUCCGCGUGGGCAAGCUCAACCUGGUGGACCUGGCCGGCAGCGAGCGCCAGAGCAAAAUGGGCGCCCACGGAGAGCGCCCCAAGGAAGCGUCCAAGAUCAACCUCUCCCUCUCUGCCCUGGGCAACGUCAUCUCCGCCCUCGUGGACGGCAAGAGCACACACAUCCCCUACCGGGACUCCAAGCUGACCCGCCUGCUGCAGGACUCCCUGGGCGGCAACGCCAAGACAAUCAUGGUGGCCACCUUGGGCCCGGCCUCUCACAGCUACGAGGAGAGCCUCUCCACCCUCAGGUUCGCCAACAGGGCCAAGAACAUCAAGAACAAGCCCCGGGUGAACGAGGACCCCAAGGACACUUUGCUGCGGGAGUUUCAGGAGGAGAUUGUCCGGCUGAAGGCCCAGCUGGAGAAACGUGGCAUGCUGGGGAAGAAGAGGAGAAGGAGCAGCCGGAGGAAGAAAGCGGCGGAUGGAGAAAGUGCCACGGAGAACGAAGGGGAGGAUGACAACGAGGAAGGCCUGGAGAAGAACAUGGAGAAUUACUUGAAGGAGCAGAAGGAGAGGCUGGAAGAGGAGAAAGCCGCUAUCCAGGAUGACCACAGCCUGGUGAGCGAGGAGAAGCAGAAGCUGCUGCAGGAGAAGGAGAAGAUGAUAGAGGAUCUGCGCAAGGAGCAGGAGGCCACAGAGCUGCUGGCCACCAAGUACAAGGCGAUGGAGAGCAAGCUGCUCAUCGGCGGCAGGACCAUUGUGGACCACACCAACGAGCAGCAGAAGAUGCUGGAGCUGAAGCGGCAGGAGAUAGCCGAGCAGAAACGCCGGGAGCGGGAGAUGCAGCAGGAGAUGAUGCUGCGGGACGAGGAGACCAUGGAGCUGCGGGAGACGUUCACCUCCCUGCAGCAGGAGGUGGAGAUCAAAACCAAGAAGCUGAAGAAGCUGUACGCCAAGCUGCAGGCGGUGAAGGCGGAGAUCCAGGACCAGCACGACGAGUACAUCCGCGUGCGGCAGGACCUGGAGGAGGCGCAGAACGAGCAGACGCGGGAGCUGAAGCUCAAGUACUUGAUCAUCGAGAACUUCAUCCCACCAGAAGAGAAGAACAAGAUCAUGAACCGCCUGUACUUUGACGGUGAGGAGGACCAGUGGAAGUUCCAGCCGCUGGUGCCCACCGGAGGAAGCAGCAACCAGAUGAAGAAGCGGCCGACCUCCGCCGUGGGGUACAAGAGACCCAUUAGCCAGUACGCCCGCGUGGCCAUGGCCAUGGGGUCUCAUCCUCGCUACCGGGCUGAGAACAUCAUGUUCUUGGAGCUGGACCUCUCCCCUCCAGCCAUCUUUGAGUUUGAGCGGAGCAGGGACCCGGCGGAGCAGGACCCCCGGGCUCUCCACCUGGAGAGGCUGAUGCACCUGGACAGUCUCCUGGAGCGGCCGGCGGCCUCGCGGGUGAGGAAGUCCCGCUCCUGGUGCCAGACGCCGCGGUCGCUGCCGUCCUCAACCACGCAUGUGUCCCUCGCCGCCAGCUCCCCGCGCGCCACCACGAUGCCAGCUCAGGAGUGACGUCCCGGAGCCCCUUGUCCCCCGAUGGCCCAGGCCGGGCCCCAGCCGGCAGCAUCUCCACUGGUCCCAGUUCGUCUUUGUCUUCAGCUACUUUGUGUGCUCGUGUGUUUGUGUGAGCUGCUCACGAACAGCCCCCGGGGCGAGGGGAGCUGCCCCCUUCCUCCUGCCCCUUCCUCCCCUAUCCGGAUCUGUCACUUUAUUUAUUUAACGUAUUUAUUUAUGGAGUGGUUGAUGCGCCGAGGCAGGAGGCGCCUUGGGACUGGAGGACGCCCAAGGCGGGCAGCGGGCACCACGUCGAGCACGCCUCGGGGACACUGGGCUCCCCGCCGCCCCGGGCCACCGCCGCAGCCCCCGCGCGUGGCUGGGACAUGGGGACACUGCCGGGUGGUCACUGCUCACCAUCGCACCCCACAGAGCCUGCAGGGGGGGCACGGGCCCUUCUCUGGUGGCUUCGGCAGGCGGUGAGGCUGCCCCGGACACCGGUGAGGCUGCCCCGGACACCGGUGAGGCUGCCCCGGACACCGGUGCUGCGAUUCCAGGCAGUUUGGUGAGUUCUACAAGGAUUUGGGGACUUCGCAGUGGCAGCCUCUCGCGCUCGGCGUGUGAGAGGCCCAGAGGGACUCUCCAACUCUGGUGGCAGCAAUGACAUCUCAUUGACUUCUGGGCACGGCUGGCAGCCAGGAAUGCUGGUUCCAUCCACAGAGAGGACCUGCGGAUUAACCAAACCGCGCUGGUCCUGGUGGUGCCGGGACUUUGUCCACCCGUGCCGCGCUCUGGAGACGGCCAGCCCUGUCCUGUCCCCUUGCCUGGCACCCAGCUCCCGUCCCUAUGAGGGUGUUUAACUCCUUACAGCAAGCACAGGAGGUGGGAAUCUCCGUCCCCUCCCAAAUACGCCCGCAAUCGGGGAGCGAUGCUACCUGAGAGAAUCCAGAGGAGAGUCUCCACCAUCCUGGCAACCGAAGGCAAUGGAGAAAUGCCGGACAAGAUGGAAGAAGAAACGCUGAGCCAGUGUUUGAAGCGGUGAAGGUUUUAACGCUCUAGUGCAAUGACAGUGAUGCCUGGAGCAGGGAUGCCAGCGUCGCUCUCCCCUGGGCUGGGUGGUACCGCGUGGAGGUCACCUCGGGGUUGGGAGAUCUUUCCUGGUGAUGGCGCGGGUCGUGGAGGGACAGACGUGAGUCACGGAUAAGGGGACGAGCCACGAGGCCGUGCUGGCGAUCUGAAACCCGUUCCAGGCGGCAGCGCACGCGGGCGCCCGGACGUGGCUCGGGGUUGCUAAAGGUUCAGCUUUCAGCAGUUGGAUUGAGGGCAGGUGGUCCUUGCUGAAGACCAUCCCUGGCAGGGCCAGGCCAGCAGCUGUGCCUGCCCUGGGAUGGUUUCCAGAUGUGCCGAGGUGGGCAAGAUCCAUUUGUUUGACAAGAUCCUAAUGAAUGAGGGAGAGACCUGCAGGUUGUCGUGGGGGGAUGCGGGUUUUCGGAGGGAUGGACUCUGAGGCCAGGCCCAGGGCAGGCAGAUUGGAGAACGCUGCAGGUAGGGACCAUGUCUUGUUGUGAUGGAGAGAGUCACUGCUCACCCUGAUGGCUCCUGCGUGGAGGGAGAGGGAACGAGGCACAGACAUGGAGCAGAACCGUAGAAUCAUAAAAUAGUUUGGGUUGGAUGGGACCUGCAAAGGUCAUCCAGCUCAACCCCCUGCAGCUAGCAGGGACAUCUUCAACGAGCCCUUCAACUAGAAGCGUCAGUUGGGUCUACUUGAGAGCAGUGCAGGUCCCACCAAACAGGAGUGACCCCCGCACUCUGGGGCACCCACAGCCCUUCCUGCCGUCUCCCAGCCCGUGUCCUGCUCUGGCCUCUCCCCACCCCCAUCACAUCGUCCUGCGCCGUGUUCCUGAUCGUUGCCCUCUGCCACCAUCUCUCCCCACCAGUGCCCCUGACACCGUCUGCCCUCCGAACGCCGCGGCCCCGCGUCCCACGCAGCAGCAGGCGGGCAGGCGGUGUGGGGAAGCUGGCUGUCCAUCGCUCCUCGAUCCUCAGAGCAGCAGCCGGUCUGGCCGUGCUCGGCCUGGGGUGGGGGCGCAGGAGGGUGUGCGGGAGCCGGAGAUGGUUCUGUUCUGCGCCGGGGCCAGGUCCUGCCCGCAGGUACCGCUGAGCCGGGGCCAGGUCCUGCCCGCAGGUACCGCUGAGCCGGGGCCAGCUCCAGCCCGCAGGUACCGCUGAGCCGGGGCCAGGUCCUGCCCGCAGGUACCGCUGAGCCGGUUGUCCAUGCACAUCCCUGGAGCGAGCUGGCUCUGCCCUGUGGAACCCGCGGGGCAAGAGGCCAUGUUCCUUGUUUCAGCUUCAGGGGAGCGUCUGGGAGCCCGGGUUGGGAAGCGCAGACCCGAGAGGGGGGAAGCUGUCUGCCGGGCUGCCUGCGGGAGUGUAUUUUCCUCCUUUCCUUGUUUUUGAAUUGCCCCGAGUUCAUCUUCAGCUGAAUCAGUGGCUCGUGGAGCCCUGACACAGUGAACCAGUGACAGAGUCUCUUUCACCACUUUGUCUACCCGGGGCAUGGGAGGCAAAUCUCAAGAGCUGAUGGUGUCCAGUGCCAGGGUGGGCUAAUGGUUGGACUUGAUGAUCUUGAGGGUCUCUUCCAACGUAAUUGAUUCUCCGGCUUAUUGCCCCGGCUUGCCCGGCUGCGGAGCAUGGUGCAGAAGGGUGGGUGUGCUCCACGGGGCCCGCGUGGGUCCUCACCCACGUCACCGCGGCAGAGCUGGUGGCGGUGGCAUCACAGGACACCCUUGCAGCAGAGCACAGGACGGGACACGUGUGCCCAGCGCAGGGGACGGGCCGAGCCACCCCCAGCAUCCAGCGCCGCUCGUAUGGCGGCUGUGGCGGGUCCGGCACCUGCUCCGUCCCCACGCUGCCAGCAGCCAGCGGCCACCGCGCAGCACAAACAGGGCAGGCCAGGAGCAGACGCCGGUGACGCGAGCGGGGACCGGGCGAGCUGGCGGUGGCGUUUUCCCGCUUCCCCCGGCUCGGGUGGCCCCGCAGCCUCUGCUCGGCGCCUGCCUCGGGUGUACAUUUGUAAUGUUCUGCGGUCUUUGUACGUCGGUGCGUGUGUUUGCCCGGGUGUGUGUAGGUGUGUGUGGGUGCGCGCGUGUAGCCAAGGGGUCUAUUUACUGUCAAUGUGAGGGGCUGUACAGGGGAAACUCCCAGAGGGGGGAACGGGGCUUUUUUUUGUUGUUAAAUUGUUUAGUUAUUUUGGGUUCCAGGUUUGGACUUUCUUUUGCGAGGGGGUGGGUCGGGGUCUGUUCUGGGUUGAUUGACAAGGUGAGGGGCCUUGAUUAGGACCAAAUUUUUGUGCCUGUUGCUCUGGUGAUUUAUUUAGAAAUCAAAAGUUUACUGUAUGGUGGCCCAUCCUUGUCACUCUAUACAUAUGAAUAUACAGGACAUAUUAUAAAUAUAUAUAUAUUAUACAUACUGUAUGGAGAGAGGUCAUUAAUCACCCUCUGGCUCUGGAUGGACACCUCUUGAACCUGCUGUAAUGUAGCUUUGACCCGGUGCUGGGAAGGACCAGAAAGCGCCAGCGCCCGUUGGAGAACUGGCAGUGACACCAAUAAAGGAAUGAGCAUCAUCGCA